AUGAGCAUGUAUAGUGGUGGCAUUUUGAGGGUGGUAAUUGAUGAUGUGAAAACUGGCAAUCAUAAAAGGUUUAGAACAUCUUCUGUAAUGGGAUUUGAGUAUUUAACUCUAGAUGCAUAAAAUUUCACCGUUCUAGAAUAAAAUGAUUAGAGAAUCAUUAUUGAGACUUAAAGUUCUAUUAAGCUAAACUAUUUCAGGGAAAAGAGUGCGAGAAAUUCAACGUAAAAGUACAUAAUAAACUUCAAACCGUUCAAGAUCGAAUGCUAUUUAGAUGAUAUGCUUAUACUUAAGGUUAAUAACAAUCAGCUGUUCAACUUUGAGUAUGAAAGAACGGUUAAAGAGCAUUUCUAGUUAUUCAAUAAGGUGCCUUAUGAUGCCACCUACAAAUAUCAAUUUGAAAUAAACGAAAAGAAUCAGUUUACUGAAAUGUUUGAUGGCUAUGUUGAUAUAAACACUUUUGGCCCAAGAUCCAUUGGCAUAGAUUUUGAAUUCAAUUAAGACCACUUAUUUGGAAUUCCUGAGCAUGCUAUAGAUUUUUUACUUAAAGACACACUUUUCACAGCUGAGGAUGAAAAUCCAUAUAGAUUGUACAAUAUUGAUGUGUUUCCUUACAAACUGAACUCUACUUAAGCCCUCUAUGGAUCGAUACCUUAUCUCUUAUCCCACUCAGCCAAUCACGAAGAAGGAAAUGCUGGAGUCUACUGGUCAAAUGCUGCAGAAACAUGGGUUGACUUGAUGACACCAAAUCUACCAUUUAGUCCAUUUGAGAAUUAAGAAAGUCUUAAAAGAGUAGCUACAUUCAACAGUGAAUCAGGAGUCCUAGAGUUUAUAGUAAUAUUGGGGCACAAUCCUGCUGAAGUUACUUAGUAAUGGGCUGAUGUAAGUGGACAUGCUCCUAUCCCACCAUACUGGUCAUUAGGAUAUCACCAAAGCAAAUGGAGUUACGAGAGUGCAAGCGAAGUUGUCCAAGUAAACUUUAAAUUUGAUCAGCAUAGUCUCCCUCUUGAUGUUAUCUGGCUAGAUAUUGAUCAUACUAGCAAUUUUGAGUACUUUACUUGGAAUACUGAUAAAUUCUCUAAUCAAUCUCUGGAGAUAAUGAAUGAACUAAUCGAGCAAAGAAAGAGAAAAAUUGUAGUGAUUUCAGAUCCUCAUAUUAGGAAGAAUGACUCUUAUUUCUUGUAUGAUGCUAUUAAAAAGAUUGAGAAAGAUGAUUACCAAUUAGAUUAGGAAAAGAGGACCUUGUCUCCUGCCUCUGGGAAAUACUUUCUUAGAGACCCGAAAUUCCAAGACCGCCCUUUUGAGGGAAGAUGCUGGCCAGGUAAUAGUGUUUGGUUAGACUUCAUGCAACUCAAGGUGAGAUAAUUCUGGGCUGCACUUUAUUAAUAUGAUGUAUAACCUAAAACAAACAAGAACUAUUUCGUUUGGAAUGAUAUGAAUGAGCCUUCAGUUCUAGAUAAGCCCGAACUAGCUCUACCAAAGGACGUUAUAUUUGGAGCAGUUUGGACUGGAGAUAACGGAAAUUUUCAUGAGGAUAUGAAGAUAUCUGUGCAGAUGCUAUUGUCUAUGUCAGUGGCUGGACUAGGAUUUGUAGGUGCUGAUAUUGGUGGGUUUGCAAAUUAAACUGUGGCAAGGGUUAUUGUUUAAUGGCACAAUCUUGCAGUGUUUUAUCCAUUUAUGAGAUAACAUUGUCACAAGGAAGCAAAGAGAAGAGAGCCUUAUCUUUAUAAAGGAGAAGCUUUUAACCAGCUAUAGAAAAGUUUAAGAUUGAGAUAGAAAUUGAUGCCUUACAUGCCAAUGAUGAUGGAAUUUCCUGAUGUCAAUAACUCUGCUUAUUAUAACGAGCAGUACAUGUUUGGAGAAAUAUUCCUUGUAAAGCCAGAUGAUAAAGAUUAUACUGAGCUCCCUAAGUAAAAUAUCAUUAAUAACAAUACUUAUAGGACGCAGAUGUUCUUCCCUAAAGGAACUUGGUAUGACUUCUUUACUUCGACAAGACACUAGGUAAAUUUUACUGGAUUGUAUGAAGUGCCUUAAGAAUCUGGAGACUAUAUCUAUGUUUUCGCUAAAGGUGGGACGAUCCUUCCAAUGAAAGAGAAAGUAAGACUAAGUUCAAUGCUUUCAAGAAAUGAGUCCUAUCUGCUAAAUAUAUAUCUUGAAACUAAUGAAGCAGGACAGUAAUAUGCUUAAGGCUUUAUUUACCUGGAUGAUGGAGAAACAUUUGAUUACUUGAAGAAGGAUGAAUUUAAGGUCAUCAAGUUUGAUUACCUAGAUGGCACUUUAAAUGGAGCAGUUGUUGAAAACGGUGGAUACUUCAGAGAUUACGAAAGAAUAAAGGCUAUUUAAAUAUUUGGUCUUGACAGCGAGAGAUUAAAUGGAGUUGAUGAGCAUGCUGUGAUAAGUAAACUAGAAGAAGAUCAAUGGAAACAUAUGAGGACUAUAUACCUAGAAAAAUUGCCAGAACACGAGAUGAUCGUAAUCAUGAACCCUUAAAUUGAUCUAAUGGAUAAGGCUUGGAGAGUUGAGAUCAAACAAAGAGUAAUCAACUAAUGA